CAAAGCUUUUAUUUUCAUCAAAAUAGACUGGGAAUCUGCCAUCAGGAUUGGUGUCCUGGAUUGCGGGGAGGAAGAAAACUAUGAGAUCUGUAAAGAAUAUGGUAUUCUCUACUAUCCAACUUUUAGGUACUUCAAAGCAUUUACGAAGCAGUUCACAACUGGAGAAAAUUACAAAGCAGGGUCAGAUCGCGAGCUCCAAACAGUUCGUCAGAUGAUGAUUGAUUUUUUGCAGAACCAUUCCCAAGAAUCAAGACCACCAGCCUGCCCUCCCUUGGAGCCCAUUCAGUCCAGUGAGAUUGCUUCUCUUUUUGACAAGAACAGUCCUCAUUAUACUGCCAUUGUGGUUGAAAGUAGUAGCUCCUAUGUUGGGCGAGAGGUGAUCUUAGAUUUGAUUCAGUAUGAAAACAUUGUGGUAAAGAGAGUGCUGAAUUCUGAUAAGGCUUUUCUAGAGAAACUUGGUAUUACCUCAAUCCCUUCAUGUUAUCUGAUCUAUCCAAAUGGGUCCCAUGGAUUAAUUAACAUUUUGAAGCCUCUUCGGUCUUUCUUUUCUUCCUAUUUAAAGUCACUGCCUGGUGUGAAAAGAAAACUUGUUUCACAACUUCCACUACCAAAAAAGCAAAAUGAGGAGAGCACAGAAAUUAAGGCGUGGAAGGAAUUUGAUAAAGCUAAGCUGUACAUGGCUGACCUUGAAUCAGGAUUGCAUUACCUGCUCAGGGUAGAGCUUGCCACUCACAAGACGCUUGAGGGAGCUGAGCUAAAGACCUUCAAGGAUUUUGUUACAGUCAUUGCCAAGUUGUUUCCUGGCCAUCAGCCUGUGGUGAAGUUGUUAGAAACCUUGCAGGAGUGGCUGGUGAGCCUUCCAUUAGACAAAAUCCCUUAUGAUGCUAUCCUAGAUCUGGUCAACAACAAAAUGCGGAUUUCUGGAAUAUUUCUCACUAACCGCGUUCGGUGGGUCGGCUGUCAGGGCAGCAGACCAGAGUUGAGAGGUUAUACGUGUGCUCUCUGGAAGCUGUUCCAUACCUUAACUGUUCAAGCUGCAGUUCGACCAAAAGCUCUAAUCAAUACAGGUUUUGAGGAUAAUCCCCAAGUGGUCCUGCAGAUCAUGCGGAGGUAUAUUCAGCACUUUUUUGCGUGCAAGGCUUGUGCACAGCAUUUUGAAGAGAUGGCGAAAGAAUCCAUGGAUGCCGUGAGGACUCUGGAUGAGGCUGUUCUCUGGCUGUGGGAGAAGCACAAUGUAGUGAAUGACAGGCUUGCAGGAGAUCUAAGCGAAGAUCCAAAAUUUCUUAAAGUUCAAUGGCCAACUCCAGAUCUCUGCCCUGACUGCCAUGAUGAAAUUAAAGGAUUACAUAGCUGGAAUAAGGCCCAAGUGCUACAGUUCUUGAAGCAUCACUAUACCAAUGAAAAUAUUUUAUAUAAAUACACUGAAGGCCAAGUGAACUCUAAUGAAAUAGAAGUUGGGGAUGUGAAAGAGAGAAAAGACAAAAAUUUGCCCAAGAAACCAAGUGGAAACAAAGAGGACAAGCUCCUGGACCAAAAUAUGUUGGAUUCAAAAUCUAAAGGCUUAGAUAAAUUAAUAGCAAAUAACGGACCUGUCAAAGAUAGAGGUAAAAAUACAGUUGAAUCAGUUCUCCAUAAGGAUACCAAACAGUCCGUGUCUUUCCUAGGGAUUGGAUUUUCUAACAUAGACAUGAGUCUAUGUGUUGUACUUUAUGUAGCAUCGUCCUUAUUUUUAAUGAUAAUGUACUUCUUUUUCCGAAUGAGGUCCAAACGGUGGAAAGUGCGGUAUUAUCGUCCAGCCGUGUAGAACUUCUAAGAAAUGACACUUUCAUUGUAAAUGGCUGAUCAGUACCAGAUGCAGCUUUAAUAUUUAUGAUCAGGGAUUUUAUACACAGUAUUGAUUCAAAAACCCUCCUCCUCCACUCCCAACUCAUUUCAUCAGUUCUAGCUUAGUGUUGUAGAGCUUGCUCUAGGAGUCCCAGUAUUUAUCUAGCAUCCAGGGCCGUAGCAUCUUAAGGGCUGUGUCUACACUGCAGCCCUUUUCCGGAAAAGG